AUGAGUGGCUGCUCUGCAGAAACCUCCAUUGCUGGCUUACUGGGGGAAAACAACGAUCAGCAAGCCAGGAAUACUGGCGCCGAAGCCAGGGGGAGGGAAUACAGGCGCAGAGGCCAGAGGGAGGGAAUACAGGCGCAGAGGCCAGAGGGAGGGAAUACGGACGCAGAGGCCAGAGGGAGGGAAUACGGGCGCCGAGGCCAGAGGGAGGGAAUACGGGCGCCGAGGCCAGAGAAGGAAUACGGGCGUCAGGGCGCCGAGGCCAGAGGGAGGGAAUACGGGCGCCGAGGGCAGAGGGAGGGAAUACGGGCGCCGAGGGCAGAGGGAGGGAAUACGGGCGCCGAGGGCAGAGGGAGGGAAUACGGGCGCCGAGGGCAGAGGGAGGGAAUACGGGCGCCGAGGGCAGAGGGAGGGAAUACGGGCGCCGAGGGCAGAGGGAGGGAAUACGGGCGCCGAGGCCAGAGGGAGGGAAUAGGGGCGCCGAGGCCAGAGGGAGGGAAUACGGGCGCCGAGGCCAGAGGGAGGGAAUACGGGCGCCGAGGGCAGAGGGAGGGAAUACGGGCGCCGAGGGCAGAGGGAGGGAAUACGGGCGCCGAGGCCAGAGGGAGGGAAUACGGGCGCCAAGGCCACAGGGAGGCAAUAUGGGCGCUGAGGCCAGAGGAAGGGUAUUCAUGA